AUGGUCACCACCGCCGUCGCCGACAUCCCUACCGUUGAGCUCCUCUACAAGAUCGGCCAGAUCCAUGCCAACCCGAAGGCCACCUUCCCCCACAAUGCGUCGCAUAACCAAAAAGUCGCCGUUGUUCGAGGCGACAUCACCACCCUCGCCGUCGAUGCGAUUGUCAAUGCCGCGAAUAAUAGUCUUCUCGGAGGAGGCGGCGUCGACGGCGCGAUCCACCGCGCAGCCGGCCGGGGACUGCUCCAGGAGUGCAGGACCCUGAACGGAUGCGCCACCGGUUCCGCCAAGAUCACGGGCGCCUACAACCUCCCCAGCAAGAAGAUUAUCCACGCCGUCGGCCCAAUCUACGACGAGCUCAAUCCCGACGACUCCGAAGCGAAGCUUGCGGGUUGCUACAGCACCAGCUUGAAGCUUGCGGUUCAGAAUGGCUGUCGCAGCAUCGCUUUCAGCGCGCUGAGCACCGGCAUAUACGGUUACCCGAGCACGGAGGCGGCUCCUGUUGCUGUCGAGGUUGUCAGAGAGUUCCUUGACGGAGAGGAUGGCGAUAAGUUGGACAAGAUUGUCUUUUGCACCUUUGAGAUGAAGGACGUCAGAGCCUACAACGAGACCCUUCCUUUCUUCUUCCCUCCCGACGACCAGCCAGCCACCAAGGAGAAGACCGAGGCCAGCCCUUCCAAGAAGGAAACAGAAGAGGCGAAAGCUAUCGCGGCUGAGUUGCCUAGCGUUCCCAAGUCUGACCCUUCUCAGUAA